UGCUCUAGAAAUUAAACAAAUUAAGCCAGUACUUGUAUCAGGAACGGAAUCAAUCAAUCCUCCCAUUUUCAGUUGAGAGACAAUAUGGGUGACACGGCCAUAACAGAGAAGCCCCAUGCAGUUUGCAUCCCCAUCCCAGCUCAAGGCCACAUCAACCCCAUGUUAAACAUGGCCAAAAUCCUCCACUUCAGAGGCUUCCACAUCACCUUUGUCAACACUGAGUUCAACCAUAAACGCCUCCUCAAAUCCCGAGGCUCCAACUCCCUUGACGGCCUCCCCUCCUUUCGAUUCGAAACCAUUCCCGACGGCCUUCCCGACUCCGACGUCGAAGCCAAGCGAGACCCACCAUCCCUAUGCGAAUCUACAACAAAACAUUGCGUAGCUCCCUUUAGAACUCUUCUCGCGAAACUCAACGACACUGCUUCAUCCAUCGUCCCUCCAGUCACUUGCAUAGUUUCGGAUGGCGCCAUGAGCUUCACUCUAGACGCAGCAGCAGAGCUGGGCAUCCCUGAUGUUCUUUUCUGGACAACAAGUGCAUGUGGGUUCAUGGGCUACGCUCAAUAUCGCCGUCUCAUUGAGAAGGGUCUAGCAUCGUUCAAAGAUGCGUGCAAUUUAGAUACGGUGAUAAAUUGGAUUCCAGGUAUGAAAGAUAUUCGCGUGAAGGAUCUUCCCACCUUCAAUAGAACCAUGGACCCAGAUGAUAUUCUGCUCAAUUUUACAAUGGUUGAAUGCGAGAGAUCUCAAAAAGCUUCAGCUCUCAUCUUCAAUACGUUUGAUGCCUUAGAGCAUCAAGUGUUAGAUGCACUCUCGUCCAUGUUUCCUCCUAUUUACUCCAUUGGUCCCCUGCAACUUCUCCUGAAUCAGAUCCCGGAUAAUGAUCUUAAAUCAAUUGGCUCAAAUCUAUGGAAAGAAGAAUCUGGGUGUCUCGAAUGGCUUGACAAAAAAGAACCCAACUCCGUUGUUUACGUGAAUUUCGGGAGCCUCACGGUCUUGACAAGCGACCAAUUAAUCGAGUUUGCUUGGGGGAUUGCCAAUAGCAACCAAACAUUCUUGUGGAUAAUAAGGCCUGAUCUUGUGGAGGGUGAUUCCGCCAUUUUUUCAUCGGAGUUCUUAGCAGAGAUCGAAGAAAGGGGUCUAUUGGUAAGUUGGUGUCCUCAAGAACAAGUUCUCAGUCAUCCAUCCAUCGGAGGGUUCUUAACGCACAGUGGGUGGAAUUCCACGAUUGAAAGCGUGUGCGGCGGAGUACCAAUUAUCUCUUGGCCUUUCUUACAUGAUCAACAAACCAAUUGCCGGUACUCUUGCAAUGAGUGGGGCAUAGGCAUGGAGAUAGAGGGUGGCGUUAAGAGAGGAGAAAUAGAGAGCGCUGUGAGAGAGUUGAUGGUGGGAGAGAAGGGGAAAGAGUUGAAGAAGAAAGCUGUGGAUUGGAAGAAGUUGGCGGAGGAGGCCACCAGUGGGCCUACUGGGUCAUCCUACGUGAAUCUUGACAAAAUGAUCAAUGAAGUUCUUCGCUGUGCAAGAGACUAGGUUAUUCUGGAUUGACUAAAGUUUUGGAAAAAAUGCAAAAUUAAUUUAUGUAGUUUAUUUGGUUUACGAUUAACUCUAUGGUGUACUUUAAAGUGAACUCAGAGAUCCUUGAGGUAUGUUAGAAAAAAUAGUUGUUAAAUUCCGUUCAUUGACUUGAGAGAUUCUGUAAAUGUGACACUAAUUUAAAUAUAACACGUCAUAAUUUUAUUAGCUCUGACAUGUCACGCUCUCAGAAUCUAUUAAAUCAAUAGAUGAAAUUUGACUAUAGAUAGGAAAUUUUGUUUUUGGCAUAGUUCAGAGACCCUUGAGUUCAUUUUAAUAUUACAAUGAGCUAAUUACAAAAUAAGUAAACUACAUGCACUAAUUUUACAUUUUUCCGUAAUUUUUAUUUUAUUUUAUUUUUGUGUUUGUUAAAGUUUGUUUACAUUCGAUGAGCAUGUAGAG